AUGUCGAGUAAACAAAAACUUAAUGACAUAGAGAAAAAAUUAAAGAAACAUAAACAAACAAUAUUAGAUGGAAAAAGUGAACCAUCUAGUAGACAAAAAGCAAUUUUAUUUUUUUUAGAGAAUAACAAAAAAGAAGAAUUAGCACAAAUAUUUAAAGAACAUAAAUCAUUACUUCAUGGAUUAUUCUCAUUAUAUCCACCAUCAUUAGAGGGAUUAUAUAAAAAACAAAAACCAUUAACAGAAAAAGAUUGCUUACUAGUAGAAACAUUAAUGGAUUUUGCUGCUGAAAAUUAUUCUCCAAGUGAAGUUACAUUUCUUGAACCAAUUAAUUCAAUUUUAACAACAUUUUUAGCAGUAGAAACACCAUAUCCUAUGCGUAAAAGUAUUUUUAAAUCAUUUAUGAAUAUUUUAGUUAAAUUAAAUGCAGUUUCUGAAGAAACAACAUAUCCUAAAUUAUUUAUUGGUUCUUUAAAUCUUGAAGGAUUUAGUAAUAAUAUAACACUUCAUCUUACUUGUACUCAUAUUCCUGUUGGAACUCCAACUCCUAUUCAUUCAGAAAUUAAUGAUACUACAAAACCAAAACAACAAACAUAUGGAUUACUUGAUAUCUUCUUUGAAUAUCUUACUAAUAAUCCAGAAAUUCUUUAUCCUUUAUUUAAAGAGUUACUUUCUUAUAUUUGUUCUGAUUAUUGUAAAACUUAUUGUGUUGACACUUUUAAACAACAAACAGGAUAUACAAAUAAAACUAUCCCAACAGACCUUUUAGAUUACAUUAUUAAAACACUUUUAAAUACUACAUUAUUAAAAGCUAUUACACCAUAUCAUAAUAAUCUUUUACAAUUAUUAAUGUAUUUUUAUGAUAUUUCUAUUGAUUUAGAUGUAAUUGAACAUCAACUAAUAACAAAAGCUGUUCAAUUAUAUUUUACUAAUUUCAUUUUCAAUGAUCCUUCCUUUUUAAAAACAGAAAAUACAACAGAAAGUCAACUUCUUGAAUUUCAAAAAGAAAUCAUAUCAAAAAUCACGAAGAUUUUUAUUAAAAAUAAAGGAAAUGAAGAACCAGAAGUAAAGAUUUUAAUACAAAAUUUAAUCAAAACAAUCUUAUUAUCAUUACAACAAUCUUAUUUUAAUGAAUCAUUAAAAAUAGAAAUGGUUAAAAUGGUUGAAGAAGGAGCAUUAGGCUUUUUACCUGAAAAAGUUGGAGUUCAAACACAAUUAUUGAUUACAGUAGUUGUUGAUUGUUUAUUUGUAGUUUGGAUUUAUUGGAAUAAAUCAAAUAUAGAAGAAUGGAAAGAACUUCAACAAAGAUUAAAACCAUUUUUAAAAGAAGAAAUGGUUAUUGCAGAGAUUGAACGAAAAUUUAAUCAGUUAACAAAAGAAUUAAUUGAUAAACAUUAUCAUAAGAAAGAAAUUACACAACCUCCUUUACCAAUUCAACUUCAAAUGAUGAAAUUAAAAACAGUUGAAUUAAUUCAAUUUGAUAGUAAAAUAGAUGAAAAAGAAACAAUUCCUGAAGAUGAAUCAUUAAAACAAUAUCUUGUUAACUUUACUACAACAGACAUUCUUGGAUUAUGGAAUAUUUUUAAUGAAAUGUUUCAAGAUAUUGAUACUUUAGAACCAAUUGCACGUUUAAAUUGUUGUAAAGUACUUAUGAGAACAUUAGAAUAUUUACUUAUUGUUGAUUCAUAUGGAGAAACAAAUAAUGAUUUUAAUGAAGAAGGAAGAAUUCAAUUAUAUGAUACAUUUUUACCAUUUUUAAUUAAAGCAUUAAAAAGAACAGAUAAUGAAGAUGAAAAAUGUUUAUUAUAUGGUUCUAUGUGUGAUUUAAUGAUUAGAAAAAUACCAAAAACAAGUAGUAAAGUAUAUGGAUAUUUUUAUCAAAUGAUUAAUGAAGUUUCAUUAGAAGAUAAUAACCAAGUUAUUGAAACAAUUUUAAUUAGAUGUUAUAAUAUUUAUAGUGUUGAAUUACCUGGAAGUGAAAUAUUAAUUCCUAAAUUUUUUAAAAUGUUCUUAGCUUUUAAAAAGGUUGGACUUGAUGGAAAUAAUGAAAUGAAAAUGAAUCAACUCUUAACAACAAUGAUUAAUAUUUGUUUCUCUUCUAAAGAAGUAAUUAAACAAUUUACAUUAGAAAAGUCCUUAUACUCUAUUAUUUCAGAAGUAAUAAAUGAUGGUAUUAAACAAAUGAAAACAUCUACUGGUAUUAUUACUUUUGUUUGGAUUAUUGAACAAUUUAUUGAAAAGACAAUUAUUAUUAAUAAAACCGAAGAUUAUAAUCUUAAAGAAUUAGUAAUUAAUCUUAUAAAUCUUAUUCAACCAAACCAAAAUGUAAAUGUGAUUGAUAAUGUUUUAAAUGCUAUUAAUUUACUUCGUAUUUAUAUUCCAGAAGAUUAUGUAAUACUUAUGAUUUCAAUGUUGUGUGAUAUUAUAAUCAAAAAAGAAGUAGAAAGUCAAACUAUAGGAACAAUAUUCCUUACAUUAUCAGACUUCUUUGUUGGAGGUCCUUCUUCUUUUUCUUAUUCUUUAACAACUGAAUUAAUUCAAAAAUUAGUUGAUUCUAUAACUAUAGCAUUGGCAAUAAAACAUGAACCAAAUAAUAAAAUGGGAGCGUCUGAAGGAGCUGAUUUAUUUAUUGAAACAGUUCUUCAUCAUUAUGGAAUUUUUGGAAAUAAAGGAAUUGAUAGAAUUAGUGGACCAGAAGAAACAACAUCUUCUGCAUGGUUUGUUGUUGGAAAGUCAAGAAUUUUAAGUAUUAGUAAACCAUAUACUAUCACUAAAAUUCAUAUAGAGAAUAAUUCAGAAAAAGAAGAAGAACUUAUUGAGAAUUUACUUACUGAAUUUCCAACAGAACAACAACAAGAGAAGAAAAAAGAAAAUGAAAUUAAGAUUGAAGUUAAUAAGAAUGAACAAAAAUUAUGUAGAAUUACUAUAAGAGAUGCAUUAGGAAGAUGGAGUUGGGAUGUUGAACCAAUAUGGGUUGAAUCUAGUUUAAAGAUGGGAAGUAUUUCUGAAGUAGAACAAAUAAAAGAUUUUGACUGGAAAGACUUAAUGAUUGAAUUAAAAGAGAGAGAAAUUAAAGAGACUGUUUUUGAAAAUGAUGGAGCAUUACAUAAUAUUUUAAAUGAAAUGGAAGAAGGAUAUAAGGAUAUUCUUACAUGGCAAAAAGAUGAAAUUUAUGAUAUUGAAUCAUUAAAUAAAGAAAUUGAAUUAUUUGGAGAAGAACGAAUGAAAGAAGAAGAAAUUAUUAAUACUAUUAAAAGAGAUAUAAUAAAAGAAGAAGAAGAAAUAGAAAAAGAACAUAAAGAAACAAAUCCAAAUAUUAGUGCAUUUGUUUCUCAAAUUAUUGAAGUAAAUGCAUUACCAACAAUUGCACAUUCAAUUCAUCCAUUUGAAAUAAAUGAUAAAUUUAAAUUAGCAAUUAAACAAAUUGAUAAAUUACCAUUAAGAGAAGGACAUAAAGUUGCAUUAUAUUAUGUUAAAAGAAAUCAAACUUUAUUAGAAGCUUUGAAUAAUAAAGAAACUAGUGAAGGAUUUAAAAGCUUUAAAAAUGCAUUAAGUUGGGAAUUUAAAUCUGUUUCCUUUGAGAAAGGAAUUGAAUAUUAUGGAACAUGGAGAGAUGAAAUUAUUUUUAAUUCACUUAAUGAAGCUACAAUGAGUAAUGAUGUAGAAAAUAUUCAAGAAAAACAAAAACAAAUGUUUAGUAGUUUUGUUCAAGUAAUUUAUGUUGAAGGAGAUCAAGGUAUUGAUGUUAGUUCAAUAGUAACACAAUUUAGUAAUGUUUUCAUUAUUUUACGACCUCAUCAAUAUGGAAUUGUUAUAGAAAUUUAUCGAAAAGAAAAUAUUCCAUUGUUUGGACCAUUAGUUACUGGUAGUAUUGUUUGUUUCCAAGAAAUUGCUAAGUUAGUUCGUGAAACUGUUUUAAAUGCCAGUAGAGCUGUUCAUAAUACCUUGAUGGCAGAUAAAGUACUUCGACCAUUUAUUCAACGUGGAAAAGCAAUUCAUGAUUUAAUUAAGUCUAAUAAAACAGAAACAAAUAAUUAUUUUGAUAAUGAAAACCAAAUUUAUUUCAUGAACAAUGAAAUAAUAAAUAAUUAA